UCUUGGCCUUGGCUUAGUCAUCGUGGUGCAGAAAAAAAGACUGUCCUCUUGAGCAAACGACGCGACCACACUGCACACGUGUUUGGUUUAACGUUUAAUUAAAAAAAGAAACUGAACUGUUGUUUCCCACGUAAUAUUGAAGAUGACGGACAAGGAAAAACUGAGGAAUGAAUUGAAGCUCGAAAUUCAGGCGCUCUUAUGUACAGAGAAGACAGCCAUUACAUCUAAACGGCUAUACGGGCUAUACAUUUCGGAAAUGGGAACAACCAUGCCGUACGCUAAAUUGGGCUACAACCAAAUGGAUGACUUUUUACGAAGCAUACCAGACGUAGUGUCUUCCUACACAAAUUUCCAAGAUGGAAUGCUGUAUGUGAAGGCUGUUCCGUUGGAAGGAUCAUCUCACAUCAAUGAACUUGUUCAAGGACAGAGAUCGGCCAAAAAGAAGAAAACCAACAGCAACUUUUCCAUGGGUAGCAGGUUCAAGUCAUUUAGAGUUUCCUCGCAAGUAGCUCCAAAUCCUAACUUCAACAGAAACUACAACUCAAAUUUCAACGCCUACAAACCUCAAGAAAGAUUUGACAACACUAGAAGUGGAACCUUUACUAGACCACCACUGUAUUCCAGUCAAUUUAAAAAUUCAAAUAUGCCUCCUAGAUUUGUGAAACUAUAUAAUCAGGCACCACUCUCAGUUCCUGUAAUGCAGAAGCCCAAUUUUUCACCUUCAUCAAACUACAGCCAGAGAGUUCCAACCACAACAGGUCCCAGCAUGUUUUCCAACAGUUACAACAUCAAUAACAACAAACCGUUGACCGUGCCAAAUGCUGCGAUGGAGCCUAAACCUUUUGCAGUGCCUCUGCAAUUAAAUGUCACACCUGCCAACAAGCCUCAGGGAGUGCCCGGUCGUGCCCACUUGACUCCCCAAUUGAUGCAACCUCGGACACCGGCUCCACAGGUGCAGCCGGACAUGCCUGCAACUCCUCCUGUUACGAUCCAAACUUCAAACGUUCAACCAACCCCUCAGGUUAUCCAAAAGCCAUCAGCUUUUGUAGAUUCCGUUCAAAAUUCGCUGAAUGAUUUAAAGAUUUCCUCGUCGAAACCGGUGGAUCCCAUCAAUCCCUUCGAGCAAGAUUCCGCGACACAGAUGCAACAUCUGCCUAAACCAUUAUCUCCAAUAAAGGUAUAUGAAGAAAAGCCAGUCAGCCCUGACGCGUUCCAGUGGAGGCCAGUUACACCUAACCCUUUCCAGGAAGCGACCAAAUCGACGCUGCAGUUCUUGCCCUCUGGCUUCGAGCAACGAAAUAAUGCCUAUCAUCGUCGUGUCGUUAUUAAAAAGGAAGAGCAACGUCCCAGAUUACCGGAAAUCAUUACCGAGACGUUUAAAGUAACUCGAAAACUUCCUGAAAUGGUUAAAGAAGAAGUUCCUGUUACUGUUACGCCAAAAAUAAGUGCAGCGGCCAGGGCUCCACGCGUCUUGUUGAGGAACGGCGUUCCAGUGGUCGUCAGUCCACCUUCGACUGUGCCACUGCAAACGCCCCGGCCUUUCAUGCAUCUUCCCGAUCAUUUGCCAGCAGAGGCUCCUAAGCAACCACCUCCUGUCUCGCCUCUUUUAUCUAGACGGUUGCCUCACCAGCCCGUUGAAUCUCAACCAGUUUCUCGGACCGUCACUCAAGAUUUUACUCCCAAGCCGAAAGCAGUUCUAUCAACAAGGCUGGGCGAGUUCUAUUGCGAGCGCCUGAAAGCGAUGAUGGCUAAAUAUAAACUGGGUCGAAUCACUUUGAAUCACAAUCAAUUGAAAUCGGGACGUUUCAUCGCUUCCAUCAAGGUGGGCCAGGAGAUGUUUAUGACGUACCCCGAAGAUUUCGAGAUUAUGACCGAUGCUUACGAGUAUGCAGCCAAGCAAGCCGUGGAACACUUUGAGAGUACUCCCGUCUGGAUGAAACCUGCCUGAAGUUUUCCAUUUGGUUUGAAAAGUAUUAUGAGAACCAAACAGGUGGACGGCCGCUGAUGGACUGAAAUUCAUUACAGGAUGUUUUGGUAUUGUAUUAUUUCCCAUUUUUGUACUUCAAUCAUCAAAUCGAACAAAGAAGAUUACUUUUCCCCCUUUUUUUCCGUUAUUUUGUGCGUGUGUCAUUCCAUUUUGGCAGACGAGAAAAAAACAAGAACGGCGUUGACAUUUUUUUUAUUUUUGUUUUGAAAUUUCAUUGUCGUUCGUUUUGUUCAAAUCAUUGGCACACAUUUGUGGAUUUUGUAUCUACCGUCAUUAUUUGUCGGUUAAGAGACUCAGAAAAGACAUUAAACGGUGGUGGAAGUAA